UCUGACUAAACCAAACAGCUUGUUGAUUCCUGUGGUUAAAGCAUCUAAGGACUCACAAUGUCCGAUCCGUCCCUCAAACCACCCGCCAGCAACACACCAAUGAAGCCUCCCCAGGUGGUGGCUCUUGCAGGAUCAGGCGGUGGCCUCCAGUUGCCCGUAACCGCUCCUCAGAAGCUGAACUCCAAUGGAUCAUCCGCAUCAUCAUCCGCCUCUGGCUCGGCCACCGGGAAUCCCCGCAACAAGUGCGCCCUGAAGCCGGGCUACUCCCUGAUGAGCUGGAUACGGCUGUGCAAUUCUGGAGCGGAUCUGUCGGGAACCGGCGGACGUGUGGUGCCCGUUUCCCGGCUAGAAUUGGCCCGGCACAACAAGGUGGACGACGCUUGGAUGGCGAUUCGAGGUCGUGUGUUCAAUGUCACCCGCUACAUGGACUUCCAUCCGGGCGGAGUGGAUGAACUGAUGCGGGGAGUUGGUCGCGAUGCAACCAAACUUUUCGACGAGGUUCACGCCUGGGUAAACUAUCCCCAAUUGCUGGGUAAAUGCUACGUGGGACCGCUGAAGGAGAAUGAGACAAAGGAACCCAAGGAUAGUCCUCAGAUAACCAGCGUAGCUUUGAAGCCGCCAGAGAUUGUGCCCCGUUUUGAUUGGAUUCAGCAGAGGAGCGAACUUACCCUAAUCUUCUACACCCGCGGCUUUGCUAAUCCUGGACUGCUAAUUUUACAUAAAGAUGCCCUGCAGCUAACUGUACGGAUUCUAGUCCAACACAACUGGCACACCUUUGACUUUCAGCUAACCAACAAGGUGCAAUGGCCGCCAAAGGUAGCGAAAAUCGGUGCGGAGACGGGGAAGAUUGAGUUGGUCUUGGCCAAGGAAGAGGCGGAACCUUGGCCAACAUACGGGACUCAUGUGUCCAGCCAGUUGGACUCGGCUAGCAUACAGGAAGAAAACUACGAGUACGAAGUAACGAGCUCCAAGGAUUUCAAUCACGAUUCCUUCGACUUCCGCCUGCAAAGCGUUCAGCGGGAAGUGCUGAUGCUUCUGCCAGUGGGUUACCAUGUGGAUAUAGAAGUACCACAGGAAGGCGGAGCCAUUCAGCGAAGCUACACACCUGUGGAUCAGUGCUACCUGCAUUUGGAUAAUAACUCCUCUUCUGAUUUAGAAGGCCUAAACUUUCUGAUCAAAAGGUAUCCCAACGGACCCGUCUCAAGUCAUCUGCAUCAGCUCCAAGCUGGUUCCCGCCUCCAUUUGAGUCCGCCACGUGGAACUUUCCAGCUCUCUGAGCUCACUGCACACAGAAACAUUCUACUCCUGGCAGCAGGAAGCGGACUAACGCCCAUUUUGAGUCUAAUUCAACCAGUGCUAAAGAGGAAUACAAAUCGAAUUGAAAGCUUGCAACUGAUGUACUUUAACAAAACCCAAGAAGACAUCUGGUUAAAGGAGAAACUAGAGGAAUUACACGCCCAGGACGAGAGAUUCAGCUGCACAAACUAUCUUUCCCAAGCGGAAAGUAGUCCUCAAAGGAUAUCGCUGGAGCUAUUGACUCCCUUCUUCCAGAAAAAGCAACCGGACAGAUGUACUUAUGUCGCCAUAUGUGGACCAAGUGGUUUCAACACCGCUGCUGUAGAUAUUUUGAAACAGCUCGAUGCUGAGCCCAUGCAAAUUCACGUCUUUCGCGGCUAAAUGAAUAGGUGAUUUCAUUGCGCACUUAAUCUUCAUCACUUUUAUUUACUGUAUAGCAAAUGGUUUCGACUUUUGUUCUUUUUUAUUGUUUUUACAUGUUUUCGUUUUAAUAAUUUAAUAAGUGUGUAACAAAUACUAGAAAGUUGUAGUUGGAUUUGUUUUCAUUUGCUUUUAAACAGGCUCCGUCGUCAAAAUCGCCUCAAACCUACAUAACUCGUUGUCAGCUCGCACUCACUUUUCGCUUAUGUAAAAUUGUAAAUAACCGACAACCAAACAGUAACCAAAUGGAGGGCGGCGCACAAAAAUAAAUAGAAACAGCAGGAUUUGAUAUAUAAAGAAUAUAUAGGAUGUAAAGAAAAGCUGGUUUUACAUUUCAUCGCCAUACCGGAUGGUAUCACUUUCCAGCACAUUGGCGACCUGACCAAAUGACGUUUAAGUAGACAUCCGUACGUGUGAUUGUGUGAUGGUAUGGU